AUGCCAGACGAAGCGCGAGCAUGCGUAUGGAGUACAGCGGCGUCAUCCAGCCACCGUUUCUCGCUGCAACACGCGGUCGACUUUGUUUUCGUCACGGAAAGUUCAGCCAAGCGCAUCAGCAAAGCUAUCAGAGAUGGGAUGAGCGAGCAGUUCUUUAUUCUGCCUACUUCCGCUGGUAGGAGAAGGCACGUUGCUCGCGCAGCGGCGGCAAAUCUUCCCCCAUCUCUCGAAGAGACAGCAGAUCGUCGCCCAUUCUCCGAUUCGUUCUUUGACUCUGGUAGCGAGGGCGAGGACCAGGACCGACCUUAA